GGGGCAGCAAUUGGGCCUAAUUAGUCAAAAAGUUAUAGAAUGGGCAUUAAUAAGUCGAAAGGCUGUCCAAUUUCAUCUAGUUGACAUGACACCCAAAAUAUGCAUGUCCUCAAGCCCCGAAUCCCCAAACAAUGUCAUAAAGAAGUGAGAUCCAGGGUGUCUUCCACAUGCAAACAAAACAGAUUAUUAGCAAUACAAUUGAAGACAUUGUAAAACUGAACAAGUCAAAAGACCAUAUAUCAGAAGCUACAAGAGAUAAAACAUACCAUUCUAAAUUUACUAACUUCCAUCUGGUUGUGGGUUGGCCUAAAUUCCCACCAGUAAAAUCUAUCAAAAUAGAACCUUCAGUGUUGAAAGCUCAUAAAAUGCAGAGCUAAUGUUCAGUGUUAUAACAACUGUCAAGCUAGUUCGAGUUAUCCUAAGGAGAAGGGAAUCUCUGUUCUCAUCCUUGUAUUAAAAUGAUGAAGAUCCCAGAUUUGAGGAUAAAAUAGAGAAGUUUGGUAUCUUACAAACUUAGGUGUUCUAACCAGGGAGAUGCAGCCCCUCCCAAGGUGUGUCUAAUCUUGUCCUCUUUAUUUUCCCUUGCUCUAGAGGGAAAUUUCAAUCAGGAUUCCAUAAGCUGUUCAUGCUUCAUGUUUCAUCUUUCAACUAUAAAUGAACAAUGGAAGAAAGUGAGUAUGGUUGGCCAAGCAAAAUGCAAAUGAAGUUCAACGGCAUAG